UCGUUGGCGCCACGGUGGGGGAAGACGGGACGGCCGUGACGUCAUCGCGGGGUCGCCGAUAUCACUGUAGUACGCGAGACCGUUUCCCCCCCGUCACGCCGCGCCGUCCUGCCGUAUCAUGUGCCCGUGCUGGUCGUACUGUCGCGUACGUUCCGUAUUAUAGUUAUAAAGUCGCCGCCGCCGUCGUUGCUCGUCAUGUUCUCCGCCGACCGUUCGCCGUCAGCUUUUUGCCGCCUCCGUAGCAGCGGCAGCCUCGGCCGCCCGUGAACGGUGUCUGUGAUCUGGAAACUCGCGCGCGCACCCACUCGUCCACCCGCCGACCGCACACACAUACACCCGCGUGUGUCGGACGUCAUGACUUAGGCGGUCACCGGUGUCGGUGUGUGUGUUACGCUCUCGUGUGCCCCGACGACAAUCAGUGACCACCGGUCAGCUCCGGGUCCGGCGGAGUGCACCGUCGUGGGGCGACUGACGAGAGGAGCCCCCCCAGCGACCGCCAUGGCCGUCGAGAUUUCGGUCACCCUGUGCCGACCGGAAAUGCCUUCGGGCCUGGGAUUUUCGUUGCUCGGCAUCGCCGACUGCCCGCCGGUCAUCUACGACAUCAUCGAGAACACGCCAGCUGCCGAAUGCGCUCAGAUUGAGGUUGGCGAUGUUAUCAUAAAGAUAAAUAAUGAAGAUGUGCAAACAUGUACAAUUAAAGAAGUAUUGAAAUGCUUAAGAUUAGCACAAAACCCUAUUAUUUUGAAACUAGUCAGAGAUCCUGCCAUUAAAAGUAAAGUGCAUGAUAAACUGGCUGAAAAUGGAAACUCCCCUCAAUUACUAUUCCGUGAUAUAGAUUCCCCACCUCCUCCACCACAACAUCAUCCUCCACCGUUAGAAAUGGUUACUAGAACAAAUACAAAUAAAGUUGAAGCUCCUAAAUAUGAAGCAUUUAUGAUGACUGGCGAGAGAGUUAUCAAAAUGUCUAAAAAUAGUCAGGUCUCUUUAUUACCAAAGAGGGAUCGUAAAGUUGAUUGUUUGGUAAAAAAUGGUGGCCCAAAAAAAUUCCAAAAAGUAAAUUCAAAUUCUGUUCCUAGUAGUCCUGUUGAAAAUGAUCGACCAAACAUUGCAAAACCUAAUUCUGGAAAUACAUCUCCAGUUUCUCCUCCUCAUACAAAUAUGUCCAACUAUAAACGUGGCUCUCGUUCUGAAGAUCCUUUACGUUCAAAUUCUGAGUAUCCAAUGUCUUCAACUACCAGUAUUGAUACUGAAGACGAAGAUAUUACAUCUUCUUGUAACACCUUAUUAAAUACUAAUAUAAAACCACUUGAAAUGGAAGACAAAAGAGUCUUGUGGACAUAUAACGCUGGUCAUGUUCCUGAUGAAACAUCAGCUUCUUGCAAUUCCCUCCAAAAAGUUCUAUCACCUACAUCACCGACAUCCAUAUCCUCAUCAAUAAUGUCAUCGCCAUCUGACCGGCGACGGCCAGCUAAAGGAUCAUUCCGUGGAAACAGUCAUCCAACUAGCAGUCAUUCAAAUAUAUCAAGUCCUGAUUUCCAAGACACUGCAGAUUCAGAUUUCUUGAUUAACUCGCGUGAAUUAGAGGUGUCAGAUCCAAGUGACAGCGAUUCAACUAUUGUAGCAAGUGAACCAAAGAUUAGAAAGCGAUCUACAAAAGGGCAGUACUCAUAUUAUGAUAAUCAUACUGACCAUCGAAUUGUCAUUCAGGUUAAAGGUCCAGAAAAAACAAAUUUAGUUAAAGACAGUGAAAAUAACAACAGAUAUUACAAUGAUAAGGAAAAUAUGAGUAACAAUGAACAUCAAGAUUUUAAAGAUGAAGAAGAAGUUCAACAUUUAUUAGCAUUAAUGGAAGGUGCAGCUCAGUUGGCUAAUUCUGUUACCAAUAAUGAUGAGCACUGGACACAAAACGAAGAUUUUGAUUCUGAUAGCUUACAUAGUUUUCAUUAUUCACCUAAAGCUGUAGAUAUGCCCUCGGCAGUAAGACUAGCAAAACGCUUAUUUUAUUUAGAAGGAUUCAAAAAAAGUGAUGUAUCGCGACAUUUAAGCAAAAAUAACGAGUUCAGUAGAGCAGUCGCUGAAGAAUAUUUGAAAUAUUUUGAUUUUAAAGGAAAUUCGUUAGAUUUGGCAUUAAGACAUUUUUUGAAACAAUUCAGUUUGACUGGAGAAACUCAAGAAAGAGAAAGGGUGUUAGUUCAUUUUUCAAAACGGUUCUUGGACUGCAAUCCCCAAUGUUUCAACUCUCAAGAUGCUGUUCAUACAUUAACUUGUGCCAUUAUGCUAUUAAAUACUGAUUUACAUGGCCAAAUGAUUGGACGUAAAAUGACAUGUAAUGAAUUUAUCGAAAACCUAGCUGGUUUAAAUGAUAAUGAACAUUUUCCACGUGACGUUCUUAAAUCGUUAUACAUGGCUAUCAAAUCUAAUCCUCUUGAGUGGGCAAGUGAUGAUGAUUUGGAUGAAAAUCAAUUAAAAAACGCAAUUGCCAAUCAACCAAUUGAUGGUCUUGGAAAUAAAAUCCCUGGUCAGAUAGGCAAAAGUGGAGGAAAUUAUGAUGAAAAUGUCAUGACUCAAGCUUUAGAGUAUAAAAAAGGAUAUGUGAUGAGAAAAUGUUGUAUGGAAGCCAAUGGAAAAAAAACUGCUAGAGGGAAACGUAGUUGGAAAAUGUACUAUUGCACAUUACGUGAUCUAAUUCUUUAUUUACAUAAAGAUGAUUCUGGAUUUAGAAAAUCUCAAAUUAGUGAUAGUAUUCAUAAUGCAAUACACAUACAUCAUGGCUUAGCUACUAAAGCUACGGAUUAUACAAAAAAACAACAUGUGUUUAGAUUAGUUACUGCAGAUCAAGCGGAAUAUUUGUUUCAAACUAGUGAUUCUAAAGAAUUGGAUUCAUGGAUAAAUACAAUUAAUUUUGUGUGUGCUAGUUUUUCUGCACCACGGUUGCCAAGUGCUGUUGGAAAUCAGAAAAAAUUCCAAAGGCCAUUAUUACCAUCAGCUCCUACAAAAUUAAAUUUGCGAGAACAACUUCGUGAACAUGAAGAUACUUUGCGACAACUCGAAGUUGAGCUUGACAUCCACAAAAAGAAACCUCCAGAACGUGGAACUAAAAACAUCACAUUACAAUUUUAUAAAGAAAAAGAAUCACAUUUACUAGAAGAAUUAAAACGUUAUAGAACAUAUGUCUACUUGCUAAGAUCUAAAAUGAUUCAACACCCUGAGUAUGACUCAAGUACUGCAUUAUUGGAGACUGAUGAUGAAACAGAAGUAGUAUCUGUUAAUGAACAAAACAAUUUAUUACCUACUUCAAACAGGAGUAUCGAUGCUUGAAGCUGCAAAAUAUGCCACUGGACUUCCAAGACAUUGUCACCUGGCUGUGUAGUUAAUCUUUUUUGUUUUUUUUUUCUAUUAUUAUUAUUUUUUUUCUUAACACGUGAUAAUUUUAUUGACCCCUAAUCAAAAGUACCUAUGCAAAUGAAUUCUGAACAAUAUACAUAUAUAUAUAUUUACCUUUAUGUAAACAUUAUUUUAAUUUAUUUUAUUUUGACAUCUCUAUUUUGUGUAUAACUAAAAUAAUGUUUGCAUAAUAAAAAUAAUGGUAUUAUAUUUUAUUAAUAUAAUACUGUUUAUGAAGAAGUACAUUUUGACGAAAAAUAUUUCACAUUUUAUAAUCCAUUUAUUUCAUAAAUAUUUAAUAUUAUUUUUGUUCCAUCUUACAUGUAAUUUAUUAAAUUAGUCUUAAAUGAGUUACUCACCUUUGAAUACUUAAACAUUAUAAUUAAACAGAACAUAUUUUUUACUUAUUGAAAAAUUAAGUUUAUAUAUUAAUGCCUAAUGAAGUAAACAAACAUAAAGUAUAGUAAUUAAUGAUACUUUUAUAAAAUAUUUGUAUGUACAGAAUACAUACACUCUUCCAUCAUAGAAAUGAUGAAUAGUGAAGAUUUUAAUUUCUUUCCUCAUUUAAGCUUUAUUUUAUAAAAUAUUCUUUAAUGUGCCAAAUUAUUUUUUGAUAUGCAAAACCCAUUAUUUAAUUUUGACGUAUUUAAACUACCAUUGGAAUAACUAUUACUUCUACGUACGACAUAAUUAUCUAUAAUUUAUAAUGUAUUGUUUACAUCAUUUUUAAGGAAUACUUAUAUCCAGACUAAUAGUCUUGUACAAUUGUAUUUAUUUAAUUGUAAAUUUGUUUCAAAGUAAUGUAAGUUUUUUUUAUUGUUCAUAAGGAAUUAUUGAUCUUUAAUUGUUAUGUGUGUGAUUUUACACAUAGUAAUAUAUCAUUUUGUAAUUCAGUUCACUUCCUUGUCAAUAACCAAAUCAUCACUAUUUAUUAUCAUCAAUAUUAUGAUAUACCAAAUAAAACUUUUCUUUGUUAUUAAAUCAAUGUGUUAAACAAACACGUGAAAAUUGUUAUACGGUGUUACUAAAUACUUAUUGUUAUUAUUUUUUUUUUUUUGUGAACAUAAUUAAGCUGUUAUACAAUUAUUGUACACCAACCACGAAUGAUUUUUUUAAUUUAUUAAAACUAUAAUAGAUAAAAAAAAAUGUAAAUAAAAUCAAAACCAAAAUUAUGUUUUAACUACAUUACUAAAACGUUUAAAUCUCUGCAUUUUGAAAUAUUUUCAGUAUUAAUAGAUACAACUCUUUUUUUUUUAUUUACAUAAUAUAUAUGUUUAAAUAAUUGAAUGUGCAAUAAUUAUUUAUUUUUUUUUUUUAAAAAGAAAGAGUUUAUUUUGUUUGCUUUGAACAAAUUCUGUAGUUAUUAUUUUAUGAUUAAAUUAUUUAUUCCACGAGUUGUGUUCAUAUUGAAGCAAUUUGACUUAAAUAUGGCUUUGUAAACUAUUUUAUUUUAUUUUGGAAUUUUAAAAGUAUCUAGUCCAUUUUUUUUUUUAUUUAAAAUAUUUAUAAUUACAAAAUGAAACACAUUUAUCAUUUAAGGUAUAUUAUUAACAACGCUACUGAAUAAGAGCAAACUAUUUAUUAUUUAUUACUAAUUAGAUCUUAUUAAUAUUAUUAUAUAAAUAAAAUAAUAUCAAAUGUAUAUCAUAUGAAUAACUAGGUGUUCCAUUUGUUAAAUGUUUGUUUGAUAAAGUUGUAUCAACAAUAAAUAAAGGAAUUGCCAACUA